AUGGAAGAUGAGGAUAUUAAUCAUGCCCUUCUCCAUUGUCCAAGUUUCAAAGAUGUUUUGCAAGCUCAACUGAGUUUCUUGCAGAAGAGUCAAUUUCAAAGAGAUUUUGCUCAGGUUGCCGCUCAAUUGGCUAGAAGAAACAAAUCAAGUAAAAUUGAGAAACUAUUUUUAGGUGCUUGGGGAUUAUGGUACAGAAGAAAUCAAUUGAUUUAUGAGAAUGAGCAGUUAUCUCCAGAACAAGCAUUGGAUCAUCCUCUCUCAGUUUAUCAUGAGUAUAAAAUUGCAGCAGAGGAGCAAAACAAGGGAUUGAUGCCUCAAUGCCGUUGGAAGCCUCCACCUUCAAGAGUACCAAAGUUAAACAUUGAUGGUGCUCUAUUCCAUGACCAGUGCAGAUUAGGUGUAGGUAUGAUUCUUCGAGAUGAGGGUGGCCAUGUGAUCUUCACAGCUAGCAGACCAGAACAUGAGUUAAGUGAUCCUAUGGAAAUUGAACUCUUAGCAGUGUUGAGUGGACUCCAUAUUUGUUUUCCUUUGGGACUAUGUGAUCUUCAGGUGGAGAGUGAUUCACUUUUGGUGGUCCAAUAA